AUGCUUGGAAUGAUGAAUUCCCCCACCGAUGCCGUCGACUUCUACGCCACGCCCUCGUCGACGAGCCGUUUUUCCAACGACAACGACAUGAAGGUGUUUUCGGAGGCCAAGGACCGCCAACACAUUUCCUACACGAAAGACGGCCGCAAGUUGGUGGACGGAAAGUUGGAGGAGCAAAGCGAGAUCACCUCCGACCCCAUGAAGGCGUGGAGUCGGCUGAUUUUGAACCGCAUCGCCACGAAUCAGAUCCCCAAAGACUUGGAGAAGAAGAGCUCCAAGACCCGAAAACUUUUGGACCGUUUGAGCGGGAAAAAGGUCGAAUCCGAGCCCAUGCCCGAGAUCACAAUCGUCGAGACGGUGACAGUGACGUCAGCGAACCCAAGAUUCUACAAAAAUUCGUAA